CGCUCCUUAUGUGGGUCACGUGACAUGGGGAAAAAUGGGAGAAGGAAGGCGGCUCGAUAAAGAACGCUCCAAGGACUUUUCUCCAGAACAAACAUCUUUACUCAACUGUCGGAAAAGUGCUGAUGCGUCAAAAGCUGCUGACAAAGCCAGAGAGUGAAUCAUUUGGUGGGGAGAAAGCUCAUAUGGCAUGUUAUUUUUCAACCAAACAUGAAAUGUCUUCAUUUUUGGCAGGAUGUUUUUGAAAAUGGCUUAAGAGAUGAAAUACAAAAAGUGGACGCUUGGAAUUAGAAGAGCAACUGUGAUGGGAGCAAGAGACGACGUACACAUGAAUUAAUAAUCCGCAAGCAAGAGAAAGCGCAGUGACGAUGAAGCUGAACGAACGCAGCGUGGCCCACUACGCCACGUGUGACUCGCCGCCCGACAAGACGGGCUUCCUGUUCAAGAAGGGCGAGCGCAACACGGCUUACCAUCGCCGCUGGUUCGUCCUAAAAGGCAACAUGCUCUUCUACUUCGAGGAGCGCGACGGCCGCGAGCCCAUCGGCCUCAUCGUCCUAGAGGGCUGCACCGUGGAGCUCUGCGAGUCGGCCGAGGAGUUCGCUUUCGCCGUCAAGUUCGACUGCGCUCGGGCUCGCGUGUACAAGAUGGCGGCCGACAGCCAGGCGGCCAUGGAGUCCUGGGUCAAAGCGUUGUCGCGGGCCAGCUUUGACUACAUGAGGCUGGUGGUCAAGGAGCUGGAGAGGCAGUUGGAAGAGAUCCGAGAGGCGGGCGGCGGAGUCCCACAAAGCAGGCCCAGGUCAUUCAAGCGAGUGUCCAAAUCACGAUCGUCGUCAUCGUCGUCGUCCUUGUCGACGUCGUCCUCCUGCUCUGGACAGAAGAACCACCAGGAUGAGGGCCAGCUCAUGUCCGGAGGUCCCAAGGAGAACGGCGUGGCCUGGAGCAAAGCGCAACCCGGCUUGGCUAACGGUUCCUCUGAGGCAGCUAACUCCUGUGUAGCCUGGGAGGGCGGGGCGGACGGGGCGAGUGCCAAUGGGGCCAGGGCUCCCCCGGUGCCCCCUAGAAGAAGAGGAGCAUCUCUGGAGAGCCCCUUCUCACCCGGCACCGGAUGUUUCUCCAAGCUCCACGACUGGUACGGACUCGAGGUGGAGGAACUGAGGGCCCAGUGGCUGCAGAGUCAGUGAAGCCAUUGAGACGGGUCUAGUUAUCCAAAAAUAUUUCAUUCCGUUGUUCCCUUUUCCAGGGUGGAAGUGGAAACUGAACAGUAUCCCCCAAGUGCUAAAAGCAGACUACACCCUUGAAUGUUUUUAAUCUUCAUCACGAGCCACUUUUAAUACUGCCUAUAAAAGCCCUCCACCCCCCAAAAAAACCGAAUCAUUCGAAGUCCCCCUAUUAUUUUUUUGGGGAGGUAGUUGCCAGUUUCGCACCAACUGUGUGAAAGCAGGCAUUUUUCGCCUUUGGUGGUAGUCACCACUUCUUUGUAGCGGUUACUUUCCACCUUGAUAUAAACGGCAGCAAGACAGAACAAUGGCACAAAGUGGACCAAGCAAUUGUCCCCCUUUGACUAGUUGCCAGUUUUCAACAUUUUUUCACCUCUUCUGAAUCGGGAAGGCAACAGCACAAUUUUAUGCUUUUAUGGGUAGUUGCCACUUUUAAAGGACUUGAUUUUGCUGACUUGCUUGUGUUGCCGUAGUGUAAAAGCACCUUUGUGUACAAUCUGAGAUCAUGCAAAGAAAAUUAAAGAAAUAUUCCUUUUUCUUCACCUUUGCUUCAAAACAAGUCAGUGCAAUAUUGAUAACAUUGUCAUUUUGCUCAAUUGUGAUUUUGUGCCUCUGUUCAAUUUGUAUUUUAUUUUGUUACAACUUGCCAGUCAAGUGACUCAGAAACAACUACACGCUGCUGCAGAAACACAAGUGACAACAACUACUAUAAUCAAUAUAUUCCAUUUCAUUCAGCCUUGACUCAUUAUUUCCUCCAUCGUUCCAUUUAAAAGUUUUCUUUACGCUACAUAGAUGUUUUCUAUUUAUUGAUGUUUGCACGCACGUUUGGAUGAAAGGUGGUGGGUGAAUUGUUUAGUUUGCACCCCACCGCUCAUGUUCUCUCUCAGCGCACGAUGCAAUCAUCUCUUUCCCUCACAGGUAUUAUUGAAGGAUAUCUGACUUCUUGUUUCCUCUUCCAUGUUGGAAGUUUUUUUUUGUCUUAUGCCAGUGUUCAGCAAAACGGGCUCGUUCCGUAGUGACUCAAUACACAUUUACAAAGCCUCCACUUUGCUGUGUCACUUGCGUUGAUGUUUGUUUUUUGACAACUAUUACUUUGGUCCAGUGUUGUCUAUGGACCGGUUCUGACGUGUUCCGACGGUGGCUGGGUGGCUUCAGUCCGUGUCAUUGCACAGCAUUGUGAUGAAUGUUACAGACAUGGUGCAAGAGGGAGGUUGUUGUUGUUUGCAUGCAUGUUAACUUUAAGUAUGAUGGGAUGUCUUACAAUUUAAAAGUGCCAUUUUUAAACCAUAUGAAUAAUAAUUGUAGCAUAAUCAAAAGUGCCAAAUUACAACUCAUUUAACUUCAUUGAUUGUUUUUAUAGAAGUUAUUGUGAUUUUUUUUUUUUUAAAUUGCACAUGAUGGUAUAUUCAAAUAUCUGCCAUAAAAAUACAAUUGCGUCUAUGUCUUAUUGAUUUAAUUUAGCAUAUGCCGUUACUUCUGCUAACACUCGUCUGUUGUCACAAUAAUUCCAUAAAUGCAAAUGUAUGUACGAUGAUGUGUGCUAAUCAAAUGUGACAAAUGGAUGGUGUAGUUUUUAAGGGCUUUUUUUAAUUACAUUUUUUAAUGUCAUGCCAUCAUUUAAAACUAAUAUCAAGCAUUCUGCGAUGAUUAUGGUACAUGAAAUAUAUUUAAUCACCAACCGUAAGCAACCCAAUAAACCUUCAACAGUAUUCUGAA